UACAGUAGGAUAUGAAAGUGAAUUUUAAUGUACUUUUUAAAAUAUACUUUUAAAAUUGCAUUGAUCAAUCACAGGUGAAUUGGAUUGUGAGAAAUACAGAUUAUUUGGAAUAAACUUUGAUAUCGAGCAAUAAGAAUUGGAUUUCUGCUGGUUGAAAUGUUCUCAAUUUGUGUACUGAUAAUUUAAGUACAAAUACAUAUAUUUUGAAUUGAUCAUUGUUUGCGUUUCAUGAAACGAUAUUCGGAUAAAAAAAAUAUGGAUAUAAUGUACUGAUUUUUUGUGCGACUAUUUUAAAAAUUUGAUUAAAAAACAAAGUUACAUAUACUUUUUAAACAAAAUACGAUUAUUAUAAAAUGAUUCAAAACUUGAUAUAGAUGAAAACUUUCAAAGGUGUUUUCAAAUAAGUUAGCGGAUAAGAAUGUUCAAGCAGUUACAUUAAACUCCACGUUUUUGUUGUGUUAUCAGAUGAUUUUCAUAAAGUAAUGCCAAGUUUUAUAUUUGAGAUCAAAAGUCUGUAAUCAAGAUAUGUAAAAUAUCCAGAGGAUUUUACACAGAAGACAACAAUGUUGGUUAUACCCUACAUCAUCUUAAUCAUCUUAACAAGGCAAGGAGGAUGUGAGUCAUCAAGAAAAGAUGCUAGAGGCCCCGUCUUUCGAAAAGAACCACCUUCAAGGGUAAUGUUUUCCAAUAGUAGCGGCAUAGAAAUCGGAUGCAAGGCUGAUGGAAACCCUGCACCAAGAAUCUUCUGGCAGACAAAAAAUGGCACUGUUGUCAAAGACAUACCAGACUUGAUGCACUUGAAGACAGAUGGCACAUUAGUGUUUUUACCUUUUUCGAAAUCUGAUUACAGACAGGAUGUUCAUGAUAAUAUGUAUCACUGCCUAGCUUCAAACAGUGUUGGGACUAUAGUCAGUAGAGAAGUUUAUGUCAGAGGAGUACUGAAACAGCAUUUUAUCCCUCAAGUUUUUGACGAAUAUGUGGUAAAAAAAAAUACUGCAGUUUUGAAAUGCCAACUCCCAACUUUUGCCAAAGAAUAUGUUGUUGUUGAUUCUUGGAUUCGAAAUGAUGGACACAUUUUAAAAAUGAGCGAAAAUAAAGUCAGAUCAUACACUGUUCUAAGAUCCGGCGAGCUCUUGAUCCAUGAGAUUCAGGAAAAAGAUUCUAGCUGGAGUUAUCACUGUCAAACGAGAGACAAGUUAACGGGAGAAACGAUUUUAAGUGGAAACUCGGGAAAAAUCAUUAUCACAGAAUCCCAUUCAUCAACUUUACCUCAAAUCACCUUCCAUCAACCCCAAGUGCGAUACCAAGAAGGUUCCUCUGCUCAACUUCCAUGUGUAGCUCAAGGCAGUCCUCCCCCAACAUAUAGGUGGAUGAAGGAAACCACGAAUGGAAUUCUGAGACCCAUGAAAGAAGACGGCCGCAUUUGGGUCAGCCAAGGAAUUCUUAACAUUAAAAAAGUCAAGCGUUCGGAUGGCGGCAAAUACCAAUGCAUCGCUCGCAACAGUAUAGGUGAAAGACGUAUAGAAACUGCAUUGAAUAUCACAGCUCCUCUUAUAGUUCAUCUACGUCCUCCUUAUCAAGUUCUGAAUAUAGGGCAAGAAGCGACUUUUAACUGCAGCGUUACUGGUUACCCUGUUCUUGCAGUCGAUUGGAUGAAAGACAAGCACCAGCUAUUUGGAUCUAGUCGCAUCAGAUUCUUGUCACGUGAUGUGAUUCUCAUAUCAUCAGUCCGUAGGGAGGACCGAGGCAUGUAUCAGUGUUUCGUUCGCAAUGACAUUGAAGACGCUCAAGGAACAGCCGAAUUAAAAAUAUCAGAUGCCACCCCCACUCUCAUAUCAGUAUUUCAUGAGCAUACUCUUCAUCCAGGAGACGAUGCGUCACUCCAAUGUAUAUCCAAUGGCAAUCCAGUACCUAGUGUCACAUGGUACUUAGACGGCGCCAUUGUUAAACAGAAUCCCCGAAUGACGGCCGGUGACUACACCAGUGACGCAGGUGAUGUAGUCAGUUUCUUGAAUAUCACUGACAUUCAGAUUGAAGACAGCGGAGAAUAUCAGUGUCAUGUGACAAAUGAUGUCGGUUCCGUGUUUCAUGCCAACAGAGUGAAUGUUUAUGGCCCUCUUUUCGUCAGACGUAUGCAGAACAUUACAGCUAUUUCUGGCGAGGACUUAAUCAUGAGAUGUCCGUAUGGUGGUUAUCCAAUGAAAGGAAUACGAUGGCUCAAAGAUGGUGUCUAUCUUCCCCUCAACCAUAGACAGAAAAUCAGCCACGGAGGAACCCUAACGAUUCAAAGCGUAGAACAAACAGUAGACGAAGGAGAAUAUAGCUGUGUAGUGAGAGACACCAAGGGGGAAACAGCAACGGGGUCAACAUAUGUAUCAAUCGUGGUAUCACCUGUUAUAGACCCUCACUUCUUCAGAGGCAGUGUUGUCACUGAUGAAGGAUUACGCACUAAAUUCAUGUGUGUAGUUGUGAAAGGGGAUCCACCUCUUCGCUUCCAUUGGUUAAAAAAUGGUCUUCCUUUUAUUCCAAACGGUGAUACAGUGGUACAAACAUUCGAUGAUUCAUCGAUUCUGACUUUCAACAGAGUGUCGUCCAGUGACAGAGGACGUUAUACAUGCAUUGCAUCCAAUGCAGCGUCAUCAACUAAUCUAACAACGCAACUUAUAAUAAAUGUGCCCCCACAAUGGACCGUUGAGCCUAAAAAUAUUUCUGUUAUUCUUGGUAACACUGUCUGGAUGGAUUGCGCUGCGGUCGGAUUUCCUGCACCCAAUAUUUUGUGGAAGAAAAUGAUAUACACUGAAAGUACUGCUGGAGACUUCACGUACGUUCAUUCCAGUCCAAGGGCUCACCGCUUCAACAACGGUACUUUGGUUCUAUCUGAUGUAGAAGAAAGCGAUUCUGGAUCCUAUUUGUGUCAAGCGAGCAACGGCAUUGGUACUGGAUUGAGCAAAAUUAUCAUUUUGAAAGUUCUAGUACCUCCUCGAUUCAAGAAUCCCUACCAAAGCAGAACUGUAAGAGAAGGAACGAACGUCAGUGUUGCUUGCAGUGCAGUUGGGGAUCCUCCUAUGACUAUUCAGUGGAUGAGAAACAAGUCUAUAUUGAAUGUUAAAAAUAAUUCACGGUACAUCAUCAAAGAAAAAUCUGCAAAACUGCAAACACAAUCCGAGUUUCUUGUAUCAAAUGUAUCUAGAAACGACACAGGAAUCUAUACUUGUACGGCAACGAAUGAUAUUGGCGAAGAUGAAGCUGUUGUAAAACUCGUUGUACAAGGAAUUCCCGACGCUCCGUCAAAUGUGACUGUGCUGAAUAUAACAAGCAGGUCAUUAACCCUUCACUGGGAGAUUCUGAACAACGGAAAUAGUCACAUCACUGGGAGCAUCAUCCAAUACCAGACACAUUCAGGUACAGAAUGGAAUGGCCGGACAUCUCAAUUAAUCGUGUCUAGCGCAGAAACUGUUGCCACUUUACGAGGACUGACUCCUAUCACCAUGUAUUUCAUAAGAAUUGUAGCAGAGAACUCAUUGGGUAAAAGCAAACCCAGCGAAGUUAUUGAAGCGACUACUGAGGAAGAAGCACCAACUGGAAGCCCUAGAGAAGUACACGUCCACUCAUCCGGGGCUCAGUCUAUGAAAGUCAUGUGGAAACCUCCCCCAAGAGAAAUGAGAAAUGGCAUCAUCGUUGGCUAUUACGUUGGAUAUAAAGUAUCAGUAGCAGAUGACAAGUUUACUUUGAAAAAAGUGGAAAAGUCAAACGGCGAGCAGCAGUCUACCCACAUUACUGGAUUGCAACCUCUCACAGAAUACGACAUAGUCAUCAGAGCUUAUAAUUCAGCAGGAGUUGGCCCUGAAUCCUCGCCAAUAAUGGGAAAGACUUUAGAAACAGAUCCAACAUCGUCACCAACGUUUGGAAAAAGAGAGACUGAUUUCCCAUUUUAUAAAAAUAUGACCCUAAUCAUCACCAUUGUUGUUUCAUCUGUAAUUCUCAUCAUUAUCAUUUUCAUUCUGGUUAUGUGUUUCCGCAAGCAAUCGGAAAACAAUGAUGAAAAUUCAGAUUAUGAAAAUGGAAAAGAUAUCCUGAUGAUGAAGGACUUAACUAAUCAGAUAAGCAUAAAACCUGUUGAUCCAUCACAUUACUCUUGUGAAAUCGACAAUAAGACCGAUUUUCCAGAACCCUAUACAUAUUUGGAUGCAUUCUCUCCGAUACAGGCUUCAGAGGGACUGUUUGCUACCAUCAAGCGUUGUUCUACUAGACCAAUCUACAAGUCAGAUUAUAAUAAUGGCGGAGAAAAUGAAACUCAAGAAGCGAGCUUUUCAUACAAACCAACAAGCGAUAAUCCCUGUCAGACAGCAUCUGAUAAAGACAGUAAUGAACAUACCGACACAGCUGUUGACAAAUGGUGCAAUAGCAAUCAAUCAGAUAUCAGCCAGACACCAGUCCGAUGACACAUUAUCAUCAGCUUUGUCAUUCUACAACUUUAUCGCCAUCGGAGCUUUAACAUUCGCCAAGAAUGUAUGGAAAACCGUGCCAAAGCAAAAUUUUUACUUUUA